AUGGCAGACGUCUCUCUGCUGUUGCUUGAAUUGUACCGUUCUUACUUGUUUACUGCUUCUGCGUUCAGAAUUCAAUACUGUACACGUGUGAUUGUCGGUACUACCUGGGAUCCGCCCUUCGUUUCAUGUACCAGAGCGACUCAAGAGAGUCACGUUGCUGUCGCGUCCUCGUCCUCGCCCUCCACUUCCUUCGCCCUCCCUACCACUGCCAUUACCACUGCCGAUACUCCUUCUACCUCGACUGCCUCUCCCUUCUCCGUUCCCGACCCGUCUCCUUCAUCAUCCUUGUCGACUCAGCAGCAACAGCCACGUACUACUAGAAAGCGUAAAAACUCAGGAUAUGCACCUAGUAGUCGUUAA